CCGCCGCUAUAACACCCGCCCUCCAGGGACCGGAGCAGCCGUCGGUGGCCGCAGCCACCAGCCCACCCGUGUGUGCGCAGCGUGGGCUGUGAAGGUUUUGAUUAAUGCAACUUCCUCGUAAGGAUACAACAAAGAAGAACAAUGAAGGACCAUUUUGUAAAUUCCACAGAAAAGGACAUCUCUGAUGCUGAAUCUGCAAGCAAGGGAUAUGACAAUCCCUCUUUCCAACAUGAAGAACAUCUUGAACAAAGUGACAAAUUAAAGCUCAAGAAAAAAAAGAAAGAAAAUGAGAAGUCAGAAAAACGAAUGGUUGGCAUUUUUGAAUUGUUUUGCUAUGCUGACUGGAUGGAUGUCCUUUUGAUGAUAGUUGGUUUGAUCGCAGCUGCUGCAAAUGGUACUGGAAUGCCGCUUAUGAUCAUUAUCUUUGGAGAGAUGACGAACAGCUUUGUGCUAAGUGGUGUGGAAUCAAACGAUACUUCAGUAAACAGUUCCAGCUGCCCAUCAGUUCCAGGUGUGGAUAUAGAAGGUGACAUGACAAAGUUUGCUUACUAUUACGUGGGAAUUGGCUUUGCUGUGUUGAUCCUGAGCACCAUCCAAGUAUGGACGUUUUUGGUUGCUGCUACAAGGCAAACAGCAAGGAUCCGGCAGAAGUUCUUUUUUGCGGUGCUCCAUCAGGAGAUGGCUUGGUUUGAUACUACCCAGAUAGGAAUGCUGAACACCAGACUGACAGAGGACAUCAACACCAUCCACGAAGGCAUCGGAGACAAGAUCAGUAUAUUUUUACAGUUUUUUAGCACAUUUCUGGCAGGGAUUAUUAUAGGAUUCAUCUAUGGGUGGAAGCUCACACUGGUGAUUUUGGCAGUCAGCCCUCUUCUUGCUGCAUCAGCAGGAAUUUGGUCAACUCUCCUGGCGUCCCUUACUGCUAAAGAGCUGUCUGCUUACGCCAAAGCAGGAGCUGUGGCAGAAGAAAUUUUGACAGCAAUCAGGACUGUUGUGGCUUUCAAUGGACAGCAGAAGGCAUUAGAAAAAUACAAUGCUAACUUAGAGACGGCUAAACGUGUUGGAGUGAAAAAAUCCAUUACCACCAACACAUGUCUAGGUGUUUCACAAUUUGUUAUCUUCGGGUCCUAUGCACUUGCAUUUUGGUAUGGAACCAAGCUCAUUGCUGAGGAUGAAAAUUAUGACAUUGGCCGUCUCUUAAUUGUGUUCUUCUCUGUGCUUGUUGGAGCUUUCUCCCUGGGCCAGGCAGCUCCCAACCUGGAGAGUGUGGCUAAGGCACGUGGAGCUGCCUAUGAAGUAUAUAAGAUUAUCAAUAAGAAACGGCUCAUAGACAGCAGUUCUAAGGAAGGCUACAAACCAGACAAGCUCAUAGGAGAAAUUGAAUUCAGAAACAUCCAUUUCAGUUACCCAGCGAGACCUGAUGUUAAAAUCCUCAAAGGUCUAAACUUGAAAGUUCAAACUGGGAAGACCAUUGCUUUAGUUGGCUCCAGUGGCUGUGGAAAAAGCACUACUGUUCAGUUGCUGCAGAGAUUCUAUGAUCCUGACCAGGGAGAAAUUACCUUAGAUGGUCGGGAUAUUCGGACACUUAAUGUAAAGUGGCUACGGGAAAAUAUUGGAAUUGUGAGUCAGGAGCCUGUUUUGUUUGCAACCACAAUAGCUGAGAACAUUCGCUAUGGCAGAGAAGACAUUUCUGAUGCUGAAAUUGAGCGAGCAGCCAAGGAAGCCAAUGCUUUUGACUUUAUAUCUAGGCUGCCUGAUAAAUUUAACACCAUGGUAGGGGAAAGAGGGGCUCAGCUGAGUGGAGGACAGAAGCAGCGAAUAGCUAUUGCUCGUGCCCUAGCCAGAAAUCCCAAGAUUCUUCUUCUGGAUGAAGCUACGUCUGCGUUAGAUACUCAGAGUGAAUCCAUAGUACAAGCAGCUCUUGAUAAGGCUCGGGCUGGACGUACCACCAUUGUGAUUGCUCACAGACUGUCUACCAUCAGGACUGCUGACACUAUUGCUGGUUUUGAGAAAGGCGUCGUGGUUGAACAAGGAACACACAGUGAACUCAUGUUGCAGAAGGGAGUCUACUAUUCUCUUGUGAUGCAGCAGGGUUGUAGCUAUGAUGUUCAAGAUGAUGGCACAUCAGAAGAUAGUGAAGGAGAGGCUGAAGAAUAUGAGGAAAAUAUAAAUCUUAUGGAAGACCUGACUCUUCAAGAUCACUUUGAAGAAUCUGUGAUCUCUGGCAGAGGCAGCAUUCGAAGAAGAUCCAGCAGAUAUAAGAGCACAUCUAAGAAGUCCUUUGGAAAAAGGAAGGAAAAAAAGGAGCUGGAGGAAGAAAAUCUCCCUGAUGUGCCUUACUUAAAAAUCCUGGCUCUGAACAAACCUGAGUGGCUCUAUGUACUGCUGGGAGUGAUUGCUGCUGCUGUCAUAGGUGGGGUCCAUCCUGCAUUUGCUGUUAUAUUUGGAAAAAUCAUUGGGGCUUUUCAAGAAAGAGAUCCAAUAAAGAGGAGUAAAAAUACUUUGGUCCUUUCUUUGAUGUUUCUUUUACUUGGAGUGAUUAUCUUAGCAGCAUACAUAAUCCAAGGAUUCAUGUUUGGGAAGUCUGGAGAAAUGCUAACAAUGAGACUGCGCUCUUUGUCCUUCAAAGCAUUACUUCAGCAGGAUAUUGGAUGGUAUGAUGAUCAGAAAAAUGCUGUUGGUGUUCUGCUAACUCGUCUUGCUACAGAUGCUUCCCAAGUCAAAGGGGCGACCGGAAGCCGACUUGCACUGAUGACUAUGGCUGUUUUUACCCUUGUGACUGCCAUCACUAUUGCAUUUGUUUAUGGCUGGCAGCUAACUUUGCUUAUCCUGGCCUGCAUUCCUUACAUUAUUGUUGCAAAUGCUGUGAGUGCUAAGUCCAUGUCUGGUCAUGCCGCAAAAGAUCAAAAAGCUUUGGAAGAGGCCGGAAGAAUUUCAACAGAAUCAGUUGAAAACAUAAGAACUGUAGCUUCACUGACCAGGGAAGAAGCAUUUUAUGAAAAAUAUGUUACUAAUUUGAAUGGUCCAUAUAGAGAUUCGCUGAAAAAAGCCCCUUUCUAUGGAUUUAGCUAUGGAGUAGCUCAAAGCGCAGAGUACUUUAUUAAUGCUGCAGUCUUCAGAUUUGGAGCAUGGCUCAUUGCUAAUUGUCUGACCAACUUUGAAAAUGUAUUUAUAGUCUUUUCUUCUGUCCUAUUUGCAGCUAUGAAUGUUGGUCAAUCUGCUUCUCUGGCACCAGACUAUGGCAAAGCUAAAAUGUCAGCCAAAAAAAUCUUUCAACUUUUGGACAGAAAACCUGUAAUUGACAGUUACAGUGAAGAAGGUGAAAAAUUGAGCCAUUUUGAAGGCAACAUUGAAUUCAGAAACAUCCACUUUGUAUAUCCAACAAGGCCAGAAGUUCAAGUUUUGCAAGGACUCAGUGUGAAGGUUAACAAAGGACAGACUCUUGCAUUAGUAGGAAGCAGCGGCUGUGGAAAAAGCACAUCCAUUCAGCUCUUGGAGAGAUUUUAUGACCCUGUGGAAGGACAAGUGCUAGCAGAUGGAUUUGAUACCAGAUCACUGCAUUUACAAUGGCUGAGGUCCAGACUGGGUCUGGUGUCACAGGAGCCCGUUUUGUUUGACUGCAGCAUUGCCGAAAACAUUAGUUAUGGAGACAACAGUAGGGUGGUUAGUCAGGAGGAAAUUGAAGAAGCAGCUAAGGCAGCAAAUAUUCAUACCUUCAUUGAAAAACUGCCAGAGAAAUAUAAUACCCGGGUGGGUGAUAAAGGAACACAGCUUUCUGGAGGUCAGAAACAAAGAAUAGCAAUUGCUCGUGCUCUGGUUCGUAAUCCUGCCGUUCUACUUCUGGAUGAAGCUACCUCUGCUCUUGACACAGAAAGUGAAAAGAUUGUCCAGAAAGCUUUGGAUAAUGCCCGACAAGGUCGAACCUGCAUCGUCAUUGCUCAUCGCCUGUCAACCGUGCAGACAGCAGACAUCAUUGUGGUGAUCCAGAACGGCAGGGUGGUUGAGCAGGGCACCCACAGCCAGUUACUAGCAAAGGAAGGACACUACUAUGCCCUUGUAAAUGCACAAGUCUCUAAUUAGUGCUACUUACAGAGAUUUUAAAUUUAUUUUUUUUUAUGGGAAGACAUGUAAAGCUGUGCAGAGGAUUAACAUUGGCUGUGCCUGUGCUGAUGGAGCAGGGACUGUGUGUUGCAGCCUGGUUGUUGCAUCCAGUGUAGACCUUGAUCCACGCGCCCAGGGGGAUGAGCAGUGCAUGCUCACAGAAGGUUCACAGGGCAGUCCUAGGGGCUGAAUGUGCUGAGCAGCUUGGGGUGUCAUGAGAUUUGGAAGGAGCCAGAUCUGAAUUAGUCUCACCCACACCACAGCUGAGGUGGGCACCCUGCUCUCGCUGUCCCCCCAAACCCUGGCCCAUGCCAGCUGCCAUGGACCAAGGCGAUAUCAGUGUGAUAGUGAUUAAACAGCAAGCUGAUGCUUGUGCUUGCCCUUUUCUUCACCAGCCAGAUACAGUUAUGAAGUCAUCUGAAGUUAAAGGUGACUGUCAAUUCUUACUGACAACUGAGAUUCCAAAUAAAAGCAUUUGUAUUAAAUUUAAAGAGAGGGGGGUGGAUAUGUGGGUUUGUGGGUUUUUUCCUUGCUUUAGGCCACAUUUCUGGUAUUACUGUACUUCACACAUUUCUCAGAGAUUCAAUAUUGUAUUUCAGACAAUAAUUGUAAUAGUUACAAGCUUUCCACAUCAAGAUAAACUGAUAUAAAA